AUGCGUCCUACCGAGGUCUUCACAUAUGUCAUGCUCGGGCUUGCCGGCUCCGUCGCCGCACAGGUAGACUCGCCCCAAGACGAUAAUGGUCUUGUCGCUCGCUCCCGCAGCAAGCAUUCCAUCCUGGCCGAGUUGCGGAAAAACAACGGAAUGAGCCCGGGAAUUGCUCGAUCUGUUUCUGACGAAGACGAGCAUCAGCUGGAUACCCGCUCCCGCUUCAGGCCUUCCGCGCUGAGCAGGAAACUGGCCAGCAGCCGGAGCCCAGGAAUUGCUCGAUCUGUCUCUGACGAGGACGAGUAUCAGCUGGAAACCCGCUCUCCAAUCCGAUCGACCAGGCUGCCCAGGCCGAAUUCGAUCGUCAAGCCGUUCGUGUCAACGGGGCGGAGCCCAUUGUUCACUCGAUCCGUUUCCGACGAGGACGAGUAUCAGCUGGAAACUCGCUCUCCGAUUCGCUCUCCGCUUCGAAGUUCGAUCGUCAAGUCCCCAUUGUACGCUCGAUCUGUUUCCGACGAGGACGAGUAUCAGCUGGAAACUCGCUCCCCAAUUCACUCCCCAAUGCGAUCGGGCAGGCGGCCCAGGCCGAAUGGGAUCUUCAAGUCCCCAUUGGUCGCUCGAUCCGUUUCCGACGAAGACGACUAUCAGCUGGAAGCUCGCUCUCCAAUUCGCUCCCCAAUUCGAUCGGCCAGGCUGCAAAGGCCGAAUGCGGUCAUCAAGGCCCCAUCGUUCGUGACAAACGGGCGAAGGACGGGACGUCGUUCUGUCUCUGAUGAAGACGAAUAUCAGCUGGAAACUCGCUCUCCAAUUCGCUCCCCAAUUCGAUCGGCCAGGCUACAAAGGCCGAAUGCGAUCAUCAAGGCCCCAUCGUACGGGACAAUGGGGCGGGGAAGGGGACGUCGAUCCGUCUCUGAUGAAGAAGAAUAUUGA